UUUCUCUCAUAGAAAUUGCUCUUUCAUAGAAAUUGCUUCUCUGAUUGUUCUCAUGGUAUCGGAGCAGUGUUUAUCGAUCAAUUCGCUCAAAUUUCUCUGACUUAUUGCAUUCAAACACAAUCUCAUACUCAUAUCUUGGGAUUUUAUUUUUAUUUUUUGGAAAACUCAAUCGAAUUUCUGGAAAAUUCUGUUGAUAUUCAAUCGUUUGUGGGUUGCGAUAUCUCUAUCAAUAUGCUUUGAUCAAUUUCGAGGGUUUUUGAAUUUUUUUUUUGGGUUCAAAUAUCAAUUUUCGAAGUUGUUGCUCAGAUUACUUGGAUUUCUGAAGAUCUGUUUUGAGAAUUUUUGACAACAUUCAAAUGGCGUUUACAGCAAAUUCUGGUGGGAAUAUUUGGGCGAAUCCGGAUCCUACAAAUUUCAAUGGAGGUAGUUCUUUCUGCAAUUUGAUAUACAAUGAUAGUUGGAUUAUAGACUCAGGGGCUACUGAUCAUAUGACAUAUAAUGCUCUGCAUUGUUUAACAGUAAAAAACUCUCAAAAAGCCUAUACCUGUUUGUUUACCUGAUGGAACAUACAAGUAUGUUAAACAACUUGGGAAUAUUGUUCUGGAUUCUGGUUUAGAAUUAAGAGAUGUCAUGCUUAGUGAGGAUUUUAAGCACAGCUUACUAUCAGUUAGAAAGUUCAUUGUUCAUAAUCAGUUACGGGUUACUUUCAGUGAUAACGAGUGUAUUUUCCGGUGCCUCUCUUCUAAGAAAAUGUUGGUCAUUUGUGUUGUUUGAAGAUGUCAGGUAAUACUGAAGCAAAUAUUGAAACAAAUGAGUAUCCAAGGUCAACAAAUAUAGUUAUUGUUGAUCAUGUUUUGGUGAAAAAAUCUGCUAAUGUGGUAGCUAAGAAACAUGUUGAUGUGAAUGUUGUUCAUGCUAGAAUAGGGCAUGCCUCGUUGUCUAGAAUGAAACAUAUAGAUGACUGUGAUUGCACUGGAAUGGAUGUUUUUGGAUGUGAUAUUUCCUCACAAUCAAAAUUUCACAAAUUGCCUUUUCCUAGAAGUGAUAGCAGAGCUGUUCAACUGUUUGAUUUAGUCCAUAUAGAUCUAUAGGGGCCAUUUAGAGUUCCUGCUACAAAUGGAGCUUCUUAUUUCUUGACCGUUUUAGAUGAUCACAGUAGGACAACUUGGACAUUCUUUUCUGAUUUCCUAAAUUUGGUUGGAAAUCAAUUUGGAAGAAAUGUGAAGUCCAUAAGGUCAGACAAUGGGACAGAGAUAAUUAGAGCAGAAUGUAGUGAUAUGUUUGCUGCAAAGGGAAUUAUUCAUCAGAGGAGCAUUGUCUGUACACCUCAACAAAAUGGUAGAGGAGAGAGAAAGUCAAUAAUGAUCCUAGUGCUUCAACUAAAGGCAAGUUCCAGAAAAGAACACUAAUGAAAUAAUCAAUCAUGUCUAACAGCAUAAUAAAGAAAAUUCUGAGCUCAGCGAUGAACGAAAAGAAUAGUGUGAAACAAGAGGAGGGAAUGGUAUGUAAUGGCAAUCCAAUACCAUACAAAGUCUCUCUUCUUCCAUUUUUCAAGUCAAAUAAUCCGUGCUUGUUGGUUGUUGUUGGUUGAUGCAGCAAAGGGGUAAAUGCUUAAGUUUUGGUGGCAACAGUGGGAGAUUGUUGCUAGAGGAAAGCAUUUCUUUAUUUCAUGGUAAAACCAACCCUAUCCGUUGUUUUUCAGUUGAUGAACUGAAUGCCAUGGUUUUGGAUUGUGACUGCUAUGUGUUUGUCGAUGGAUUCUCCAAGUGGUAUAAAGGUAUUUGGGAGGGAAGAUCUGUAAUGGUUAGGUCACAUGGAUCGUAUCAAAUCUUAUGGUUGUGGCAUAGAGUGCAUUAUACGUGAAAUUGUCGUUUCCACGCAGAUGGGUAGUCAUAAUAAUGUCCAGAAGCUCCUCGGAUGCUGCCUUGAGACGGAGCUUCCUGUUCUGGUUUAUGAGUGGGUUGGAACUGAAACUCUUGCAGAUCGCAUACUCGGUGUCAAGAGUCAAAACAGACCACCACUAGAAUGGAAGGCAAGGCUAAAGGUUCUUCCUUUCUCAGGCCCACUGUCCAGAAUAUCGGAAUAUAUGCUACCUGAUAAACUAAUAGGCUGCUUCUCUUUUCUUGCACCAGAAUAUCGCCUACAAGGCAGGGUAGCAUAGAGUGCAGAUGUGUAUGCUUUUGGUGUUGACCGGAAAUCCUUCUCUAUUCUCUCCAACUGUUGAAGCGCAAACCAGAAUUCUGUUAGUUAACUGGGUAACAGAGGGUAUUAGAGACAAGUGUAUCAGUCAGAUUGUAUUGGAAACAAAAUGAUGACUAGUGAGCAUCUCCAACAGCAAUUAAGAAUUUCAAUACAGCUUGCACUAAAGUGUACAACACAAGAAUUGAAGAAGAUAGUCGACCAACAAUGGUGGAUGUUACGACUGAACUUCAAAACUUAUAGCAGAGCAGAAAUAGUAAAAUGGGUGGGUUUGGACAGGCUGGUAUGAUUCAGUUGACAAGAAAAUGAGCUUAGUCAUUCUGAGUCUUGUAUUACUUGACAAUUAGAACAGAUAUUUGGUAGUGCCCCUUGUAUGGCAUCAGAAACUCAAUCCUUGGUGCUGUUGUUUACUUAGUGAUAUAUUUUUCACAUCUUAGCCUCCUUUCAAAAAGUAUGGUAGUUUUGCCAUAACCUGAAGAAGAAAAUCCCCAUCAUUACAAGGUAUCCUCAUAAUCUAUCAAGGCUCCAACUGCAAAAGGAUGACAACCAAAAUCAAUGUCGAGAUUUAUUGGUCGCAAGUUGUUACCAAAAGGAUACUCUAUCAUGAAUUCUUCCAUUGCAAUGAGACUGUGUAAGCAGGAUAUCAAUCGUUACAAGACUUAACCAGCAACCAAUUCAACCCAUGCGUCUGAACUUGGGUUCAUUUUAAUGGGAACUCGAAUUACUGCUGCUGCUUCAAACAACGCUGUUGAGAGGUGCAACCAAAUUCUGGUUUCUUGGAUCAUCAAUUCUGUUUCACAUAAUAUCAGCAGAAAGAUUUGGCAGAAUGAGCAAUCUCACAAUUGUGCAAUAUCUGAUGGUUCAUUUCCUGGAGCCUCAAGUAGUCCCUCAAGAUUCAUCAUAGAUUCUCCUGGUCGAAAAGUAGCUGAUAGACAGCCAAAUGGUUAUUUGCCCAAUCAAAAUGGUGUACACAAUGUGAAUCCUAAUGAUGCAGGUAAUGGAAGGGGUGCUAAUAUUCAUCACAAUCAUGGGAAUGGGGGACCUGUUAUGAAUGGAAUUGGUGGUAAUCAUGGAGGGAAUGGGAAUGGGAAUGGUAACGGUGCUGGUGCUGGUAAUGAAGGCAAUGGUGGGGAGCCAAUUACGAUAAAUAGGUACAAUGCUCAUAAUGAGUAUAUCGAAACCAUUCAAACGCAGAUAAUUGCAAAUAAUUAUGGUAGUUGGAAUGCAUUUGCCGGAGCUAUCUGUCAUCUUUGGCAUGAGUUGAACGACGAUCCAGUCCCCACUGAGAUACUUCCUUUAUUCUGUUGGCCUGGGAGUAUUUCUGUCUUUGGGCGUCGUCAACCUAAUGAUGAUCUGCAUUCUGUCGAUUUCGAUGUGCUAAAUCUUGAGGAAUGGGGAGAUGUAAGAGAGCUAAUCAAUUACCUCAGGCUAGUUGAGCUUGACCAACCUGGGAACAUUCCAAUUAUUAUACAUAGGUAUAAUGCAAAUAUUGAGCAUAUCGAAACCUUCAACAGCGAAAUAAUUGCGAAUGGAUAUGGUAGUUGGAAUGACUUAGCUCGAGAUAUAUUUCAAAUAUGGAAGCAGAGGAACCUGAAUGUGAAUGAACCAGAACCAGAGAUAGCACAAAUGAAUCCCGACUUAUGUUGGCCUGGGAGUAUGACUUGCUUUGGAAUUCAUGUAUUUGGGCAAUUGGUGUUUUUAAUCUGGCCUUAUAAUCCAUGGGAAUCUGUAAGAGGGGUAAUCAAUUGCCUCCAUUUGUUUGAGAACGCGCAACAUGGCAACUGACAACAUCUACAAACAAGGAACUUAAUCUUGUGAACUGAGCUCUAAUACUUGCAAAUAAAAUACUUUGUUUUUGUUUUUGUUUUUUCAGUCUGGGAAGACAUAUUAGAAUCUAUACAUAUGUGAAUGCUUUCUAAUUCCAAGUAUGAAAUUCAAUGUGUACAAUUUGUUGAAUAAAAUGGAGUUUUUCUUGUUUCCUAAAA